GUGUCGCGGGUGGGGAAGGCGGCGGAGGUGGACCAGGUAGACCUGCUGUGUUUUCUAACUUGCUGAGGCGUAGCGUUGAUGUUUGUUUGUUUGUUUGUUUGUUUCCAGGUUGUAUUUUGUUUCUUGUCCGUCGCGGGCGCUGGUGGGGAGACAACAAUGGAGAAAGCGGGGUCCAGCCCCUCAAAGCCCGUCGAUGACGGGUGCCCCCCGCAGCAGGAGCCGGCGGGGCACGAGAAGAAGAGCAAGCAGCAGGUCUCCGACGGAUUCACUGUUAAAGCGAUGAUGAAAAACACUGUGGUAAGAGGGCCACCACUUGCAGGAGCAUUUAAGGAAAGACCAACACGGCCCACUGCAUUUCGCAAAUUUUAUGAGCGAGGAGACUUCCCCAUCGCCCUUGAUCAUGAUACUAAAGGGAACAAAAUCGCUUGGAAGGUAGAAAUUGAAAAGCUGGACUAUCAUCGCUACCUGCCUUUGUUUUUUGAUGGGCUUUGUGAAAUGUCGUUUCCAUAUGAGUUUUUUGCUCGUCAAGGAAUUCAUGACAUGCUGGAACAUGGUGGAAACAAGAUUCUUCCUGUUAUUCCUCAGCUUAUUAUCCCAAUCAAAAAUGCACUGAACCUUCGUAACCGGCAGGUCAUCUGCAUCACGCUGAAAGUCCUCCAGCACCUGGUGAUGUCAGCUGACAUGGUGGGGGAGGCCUUGGUGCCUUAUUAUCGGCAAAUCCUCCCAAUCUUCAACAUCUUUAAGAAUGUGAAUGUUAAUUUGGGAGAUGGGAUAGACUACAGCCAACAGAAGCGUGAAAAUAUUGGAGAUCUGAUCCAAGAGACACUGGAAGCCUUUGAACGCCGUGGUGGAAGACAUGCUUAUAUAAACAUUAAAUACAUGAUCCCUACUUAUCAGUCGUGCAUAUUAAACUGAGUUGUAUCAAAUGGGAUGAUUCCAUUUGUUUCCUAAAAAAACUGUAUCUGACUCUGUGUGUCAUCUUGUUAGUCAUGCUUUUUUUCUCUACAGCUGCUAAAAUAGUGGCUUCUGGGGCAUUAGAGUGUUACUAUUGUGAACAAGGCUUUCCAAUACAUAAAUAGUGCCUGUUCCUUUGAUUACAAUGCUGCACUGUGCUUGUUUGUUCCCUGAAAGAAUCGCUCCUUUAUAACAGAGCUGACUCGAGCAGGAAUCAGAGUUAAACCUUCACUUGUAUAGACAAUAAAACUAUAAUUUUCAUACACGAUUCAGCAAUUGCUGUUCUGUGUCCGCUUGCCCUGAGGGUGAUGUCAGAGGCUGUAACAAGAAGAGUUUAUGCUGACUGCUUAAUAGGUGUUUGUCAUGGAAGAGAAACACCAGUUCAGUGAUGCCUCUCUAGCAGCUGUGCCAAAUAAUGUGCACUGACAUACAAUAAGACUGUUGAAUGUAUAGACCAAUUACAGUGAGAAAAGUUAUAUGGUCCAUUAUAAAGCACUGUCAUGAAAUUAACUCAUGUUUCUUAUACUCUCCCAGUCUCAGCUUCCAAGUGUUUACCAUUUCAUGGAACUUGAGUUCCUCUUGGCAAACAUCAGGCACAAACCAGUAUUUUGAAGAAAAGAAGCCCAGACUAAAUGUCAAUCAGUCAGAUGGCAGAUACAGUGUAUAUAGUGUAUCAGUCCCUAAUGACACUGUUAAUGUGGAUAAAAGCAGAAUAUACACAUAUCUUCUUAAAAGGUGCAGAGGAUUUUUUGUAACUGCAAGGUUGCUAUUGCUUUUCUGUUAUUACGGUAUAUGUGUGUGCAAACAAUGUAACUAUUGUUACAGGAAUCCCUUACAAUUUCCUACUCAGUUUCUCCCUGCAUACCCACAACACAGAACUGAUAUAAUCAUGGAUUUAAGCAAGGCUAUUGAGAUUGACUUUAUUGCUUUUUAAGCACAUCUAUGGAAUAAACCUACUAAAAAUAAAACAAGUUUUACAGUUCUCAAGGACAACCAUUUCAAAAUAUUGAGUCAGCUCGAAACAAAUCAGGAGAUAUGAGCUUUGUCUAAAAAGCAUGAGAUUUUUAAAAGUACAGACUUUGGGUUCAUUUUGCUUUUAUUCUGGUUUCUGGAAGUUCUUAAAGUAUAUGCAAAUUGCACCUUCAAAUGUUUUUCUGUGUCUGUUAGAGCUUGAAAUGCACCCUUUGGUGUUAGAUGUGUGAGACUUUCCAAGUGCUUAGCCACAUCCAUAUUCACACCCUACAAGGCUUUCCUGUGUGAGAGAUACUGCCUCUAUCCUGUGCUGUUCGCUUGAGUGCAUACUGGAAGCAUGGGGAGCACCUUCCCACCUGCUGAAACUUUGAGCUGCAUCUGUCAUUAGACUGACAUUAAACUUGCCUUUGUCUGUUCUGUGGGA